GCGCGACGAUCGCAGGGAGGAGGUAGCGGAUGCCUCUUCGAAACAAAACAUUCGCAAACUCACGAGUUGCUUUUCCUCUCUUUCUGCAGUUAAGAUGCCAAAGAAGUUCCUAGGAGAAAAUUCUAAGGCGGUUACAGCCAGAGCCCGCAAGGCUGAGGCCAAGGCGGUUGCAGAUGCCCGCAAGAAGCAGGAAGAAGACGAUGCCCGUUGGCAGGAAACUGACAAACAUGUUCUCAAAAAAGAACAGAGAAAGCUGUAGCACUGAAAGAUGACGGGAUUUCUGGCACAAUUUGGGAACCAUUUAUUGUGGCUGCAGGAUGACAAAGAGAAAAGGAGGCUGGAACUUCUCGAGAGGAAAAAGGAAAACCAGCGACUACUAGAGGAGGAAAGCUCUAAAAUCAGAGGCAAAUCUCAGAAAGAGAAUGGAUCUGGUGGAAAAGUGACACGUGCCCAAAUUGAGGAGACGCUUCAGAACGAGCGGGGGGUGGAAGAGCCGAUUAAGUCCAGAGAAAAAAGCCACUUGGAAACUCCAUUGGAAGAGAACAUUAACAGAAUUGUCCCUGAAGAAGGAACUGUUGAAGCCAGAUCAAUAGAGGAUGCCAUUGCUGUGCUCAGCACGGGGCCUGAGGAUCUUGACCGCCAUCCAGAGCGCAGGAUGAAAUCAGCAUUUGCAGCCUACGAGGAAGAAAACAUGCCACGUCUAAAACAAGAAAAUCCCAACAUGAGGCUGUCGCAGCUGAAGCAACAGUUGAAGAAGGAGUGGGCCAAAUCACCAGAGAACCCCCUGAACCAGCGUUUUACCUCCUACAAUUCAAAGUGAAGUCAAUCUUCCCCACAUAACUCUGCUAGAAACCUGCUUUCCUAUGGACACUGGGGACUUCCCAUUGGAUAAAGUAAUAAUAUGGAAAAGCGAUUAUCACUCAUGAGACCUUCAGUGUUAAGAAUCCAUAAACAAUUUCUGUGCCAGAAGACUCAAAUCAUUUGUUCCACAAUUAAGGAGAGGCUUUUCUCAUAAUAAAAUUAACUAAUCAUCCUGUUUGUGCACGUGACCUGCAGUCAAGCACAUUAGAACCUCAUUCAUUAAAACUGUUUUUUAGCACUUGUGAGGAGAUGAGAGGUCUGAUGUUUUGAAAGGAACUUAUUAAACAUCAUCAUUCAUCUGCA